UGGUCCCCCAGCAGAGCUGCGCCGUGGCACCGAGUCUCCUUUUACGCACUUUAACUGCCGAACGUCCUGACACGGCUAAAACUCACUGAUAUGGUAUCCAUAUCCCUUUUUUGGGUUGGGAAUCAGUCACCCUCCUCCUCCCCUGUUUUGUGUUGUGUUUGAAGCAUUAUCAUGAGAAAGCCCAGUUUCCAAGGGGGGCCCAGGCCACUAUCAUAAAAGAAGCCUUGUCACUUCUCUUUCAAGUGACUUCUCCGGCACAAAGACCCCCUUUUAUCGCUCACCAUUGUGUGUGGACCGCCCGCUCCGGUUUAGUGCCGUGUCUAAUGGGCCUGCAGUCCCCAGACCCUUGAGCCACUGCUGAAAGAGGGAGGGGGACAAAGUUUGAGACCUGUACAAGCUGCGAGUUCACUCCAAAGCAGGGGACCCCCGUUUGAAGUCUUCAUUGGAGGUGAUGGUGGGCUCAUCCCUGUUGACUUUGGAGUCAUUGCGACCAUGCGGGAUCUGAAGAAAAAGACCAAGCUAGUGGAGGCGGCGGGUGACACGUAUGGGAAGAACCUGGUGUUGCUUCCGCUAGACGUGUGCAGCGACGAAUCGGUCAAGCAGUGCAUCGACAACAUUAAGGACCGCCAUAUUGAUAUCUUGAUUAACAACGCAGGUGUGGGCUUGCUGGGCCCUGUGGAGAGCAUCAGCAUAGACGAGAUGAAGCGGGUUUUCGAGACCAACUUCUUUGGCGUUGUGCGUUUGAUCAAAGAGGUGAUGCCCGACAUGAAGACGAGGCGGUCUGGACACAUUGUGGUCAUGAGCAGCGUCAUGGGGCUUCAGGGAGUGGUGUUCAAUGAUGUUUAUGCUGCCUCCAAGUUUGCUAUGGAGGGCUUCUGUGAGAGCAUGGCGGUGCAGCUCAUGAAGUUCAAUGUCAGGUUGUCUAUGAUUGAGCCUGGUCCGGUGCACACAGAGUUUGAGACAAAGAUGAUGGAGGACGUGGCAAAAAUGGAGUAUCCCGGAGUGGACGCCGACACAGUUCGUUAUUUUAAAGACGUGUACCUGCCGUCGUCUAUAGACAUUUUUGAAGCCAUGGGUCAGACGCCGGAGGACAUAGCCAAAUGCACUAAAAAGGUUAUCGAGUCGAGCAGCCCUCGUUUCAGGAACCUGACCAACAGCCUGUACACGCCCAUCGUGGCCUUAAAGUACGCCGACGAGACGGGCGGCCUGUCGGUCAACACCUUCUACAACCUGCUCUUUAAUUUGGGACCUCUCAUGCACAUCACCAUGAGCAUCCUCAAGUGCCUGACGUGCAGCUGCCUGCGUCGACGCACUGUCUCGCCGAACUAACUUGUUUUACCCCCUCCUUCAGGAACCAGUAAUUACUCCUAAGGAGGCACCUUCUCAAAUGACAAGUGAUCCAACAGUGUAAAGUCCAUGGACAGAUGCAGAAAUAUAUUUAAUUUGAAAAGGAAGGCAGUGUAGUUUGGGAUGAACUUUAGGAAACGCACAAAGUCCCCACAAAGGACACACAGGAAAGCACAAGAGAGAGAGAGACGCAAUAAUAAUAAUAAUAAUAAUAAUAAUAAUAAUAAUAAUAAUAUUAAAGACAUAAUAAUUGUCUAGCAUAUAGAAUACAUCAGGAAGAGUAAAUCUUAUUGCGCCCUAAAUAUUAUCACCUUUGCUGUCAUAACUGCUGUUAUAUCAUUUAUUUUUUAAUCUUUUUGAUAAUCUUAUUGCUUUUCAAGGCUUCUUAAGGGUAGGCCACUUAUCCUCUUAUUUGUUAGACUGAUUUUUAAAUAAAUUCCAAUCUGAUUUACCCUUUUAAAGUUUUUUUUUUUGGUAGUGUGGAUGCGAGGCGUCUUACUUACCGAUAGAUGGCAGUAUUUCAAAGGCUUUUCCCACUCCUCAAAGCGUGACCUUCACCAAGUGCUCAGAUUGAAAUCAUUCCUUUAAAAAAAAAGAAGAGAAAUGCGAUAGUUAUUAAUAAAUGAAAUGCAUUCGAUUUUAAAAAAAUAAUCGCACUAAUAGUAGAAUUAUAAUAAUUAUACAAAUAAUGUUUUAGAUGAUGCAGAUAGUGAAGGAUGUUUUAUUAUAAUAAUACAACAAACAUAUUUAUGGGCACGCCAGUACACUGAAAAUGUAAAUAUUACUGGAGCAACAACAAUAAUAAAAUAAAUAUUAAACUAAUCAGGCAAGGCAAGAAAAAAAAAAUUAAUAUGCAGAUGAUGUUAAAUAAUAUAAAAAAAACCAGUAACUUAAUCAGUAUUUUGAUGAUCAGAUGGUAAAGUGCUGGUUUAUUCCCUUCAUAGGAUUUGCUACAGUAAUAUAAUGAAAUAAAAAUGCCUAUUUAAA